UUAGCGUGAACCCGUUGUCAAAACUAGAGCUGUUUUUCGUGUCCCCACGCAUAUGGUUGUAUGUGUGUACCGCAUUUCUUCUGUUCACUUCCCGAUCCCAUCCAUGUGUUUUGCUAGUGGUUUUUGAAACUCAGCUGCUAGCACAAUAACUUCGACGACUGACGCGGCACUAGAAGCUCAGCUCAUCGAAGGAGGGAAAUUUCUCAUCCAGUGAGCUUUCUUUGGAUUAGAGGAUCAACAAAUUAAGGCAGAUGGCGUCCCAAAAUGAACUUGUCGGCAAAGCGGAGGAUGUUGCAGAUCGAGAGAGCAAGCACAUCCUCCCUCAUGUAGCCCGCCUGUGUUUGAUCAGUACAUUCUUAGAAGAUGGCAUUAGGAUGUGGUUUCAAUGGACUGAACAGAGGGAUUACAUCAACCAAGCCUGGGGCUGCGGUUGGCUUCUUAGUACUAUCUUUGUCCUGACAAACCUGGUUGGUCAAGUAGUAGGAUGUAUCAUGGUGCUGAGUAGACAACAAGUACCUGCUGCUUGUGGACUUUUAUUUUUCAUCAUUGCUCUUCAGACUAUAGCCUACAGCAUUCUGUGGGAUGUGAAGUUUCUUAUGAGGAAUAUAGCUUUGGUUGGCGGUGUCAUACUUCUCCUCGCUGAGUCAAGGAAGGAGGGAAAGAGUAUGUUUGCUGGUGUUCCCGACACAGGCUCCAACAAGCCAAAGACGUACAUGCAGCUGAGCGGUCGCAUCAUGCUCGUCCUCAUGUUCAUGACGCUGCUUCGCUUCGACUUCACGCCUCUCCAGAUCACCCAGAACCUCGUCGGCUCCGUCCUCAUCGUCCUGGUCGCCAUCGGUUACAAGACGAAGCUCUCCGCCCUCAUCCUCGUCCUCUGGCUCACCAUCUUUAACUUCUACGUCAACGCCUGGUGGAACAUCCCCGCCUACCGGCCAAUGCGAGACUUCCUCAAGUACGACUUUUUCCAGACGUUCUCCGUCAGGGGCUUGCUACUCAUCGUAGCGCUCGGGCCGGGAGGGGUCAGCAUGGAUGAGCAUAAAAAGGACUGGUAGUAUACGUACGUCUCCAGUCAGCAUUGGGAAUAUAUAGUGUAUUAUAAUGCAAUCGCAGCAAACCAUGUCUUAUCUAUCAUUGUGUGUAUUUAGAAGUGAUGCUGUCAUGGCACUGAGGCAGACGGUUUCAGAAUGACUUUUUCAAAGCCUCUUUCAUUCUUGACAUGCUUAAAUGUCUUUAAAAAAACUGCCUUUGCAAAAAAAGAAAAAACGAGGAAGGAUGACACAAGGUUAGUGCGCUUCACGUUUCUGUAUCUUGGAGCUUACAGAUGAAUAGGUAUAUGUGUGUUUAAGUUUAGGGGCAAUUGUUGCCAACUGCUACUUUUUCUUCCCCCCAGUUUGACAUUCACUUACGUUUUUCUAGGCGGUGUACCGAAUCAUGUCUGAACAAGGCUUGUGUCGCACCUUUUUCUUUUUUCACAUUUGCACGCAUUCUACCUUCCACCAUCAUUCUCUGCCACUUUGGUAUUCUUGUCCCGCGAACAUGGCGGCAGAAACCAAAGAAAUGCCUCUGUGACUUGACAGUAGUCCUUUAAGUUUGUACAGUAUAUGAAUUCCAUGAGACAGCUCCAGUUAUCUGUCUGUUAUGUAGUUAUUUUGCAAAAAAGAAGAAAAAUGGAUGUUGAUGUUUUUUUUUAUAGCAAACAGACAUGAUUGCUUGUGGCAUUCAGGGUAGGUAUAAUAUUUGAGAAUUUGUUGUGGACAACAUUUAAAGCUAUUAAAGCUGGUAACCAUUCUAAAUCAUACUUUAAUUGACAUGACAUUAUACUCUUUAUUAAAAAUAAUACACUACAUGGAAAGUUGUUUUCUUGACAUUGUACGCAAACGUAUGAAUAUUAUCGGUAAACUACUUACCCUCUAUCAGAGACUUGUACAGUGUAAAAGUUACAUGUAUCUCUCGCCAAAAAAAAAGUUGUUUUCUACAGAAGUGAUUCUUCAAAGGCUUCUUCGCUACAAAAAGAUUAAAUAUUAAAAUAGAAGAGAAGUGGAUGUACAACAGUGCUACAAAUUAAGUACUGGACCAAAUAUUUUACAUGUAUUGAGUUAUGUAACCCUUGUUUUGUUUAGGUGAUAUUUUUUUGCAAAAAUACACCAUGUUUGUAAAUAUCACUAUGAAUGUAAGGUAAUCCAAUCCAGCAAUUUGCCACAAUUUUGCUGCGAGGUGCUGCGAGACCGCAAAAUUCUGUUCAAUGAAAUCCCUAAAUUACCAUGAUUUUGUUUUUCCCCUUCAAAUUUAGGUAUUGUUGCCAUGGCAAAAUGGAUGAUUAAUUUAACAAAAAGCAGAAACCAAAAGAAACAAAGAUUUUCAUUUUUUAGAAGUACAUUGAGAUACAUGCAAUAAGUAUCCACUGAUUCUGAGAUGAUAUUUAUAUUUUUGCAUCUCAAAGAAUUUAAUUUAUCCUCUUAGGGAAUCACUUUGUUUUACUUUGUUGUAUGUUUCUAUUUUUUUAAAGGAUUUAUUCCUCUUUCUUUUCUUUUUUUGGGAUUAAUGUGGUACUAACGAGCACACCUUAAAGUAGAUAGACGCUACAAAUUUGCUGGUUGAUGAUAUUUGCAUUAAUAUAGUUUGCAGUAAACUAGGGAAACAACAUAAACCAUGCCUUAUACUGUGGAUAUAUAUGUGAGAGGUUCAAUGUAUAUGCUCGUAGAGUUUCGCACAUGAUGUAUGUACAGCACAUUUUAAUUCAUAAAGAAAGUUUCUAGUUGUAUUUCAAGCUCAAAUGGAUGAUGUGUCUCUCAACUGGUGCUGGGCAUGUCAAUUCUAGAGAAUAUCACUCAUCUUCUAAAGAUGUCUGUUCACCUUUUUUGUCAAGUUAGUAUGUACUGAUUGUCAAGGCUUUGAGCUCAUAUAGGCCUUGAUAAUGUUUCCAGACUUAGAGAUGGUUCUCUCCAUUUUUCUUUUGUAGGGCAUGAUAGAUACAUGUAUGUCUUGAUCACUUCAACCAAGCUUUAGCUCCCUGCUGCCAUUACCAGUGCACCAUGUAUUUUUUAAAGGAAUAAAUCCUGUCAAGUACCUAUUCAUAAUAUGGAAGGAGAGGCACAACUGUAGGUACAAUGCCUCGUCUAAGGAUAUAUCACAUAUGCACCUGGCACAGAUUUGAACCCUCGACCUUGUGUUUCAGAGUCUUAUGUUGCUCCCAGGUCUUUAUUCUAGUAUUUCUAUCUUGCCUUUUGAUAGUAUAUUUCAUUAUUUUUUUUAUAGGAUGGUAGAGGGAUUUUCUCUUUUCUUUUUCAUGUGUGUAGUUAUUAUGAAAAAGGGCCAGAUGUGAAAAGUUAAUUUGUCUCUACUUACCUUAUUUAAUGGAGAUAGCUCUCGUAGGCAGUUUCCUUCAUUAAACAAAUUAAUUGAAUUUGAUCCAGUGUUAUGUAUUGAAUGUAUGUGUAUGUUUACCGGUAUGUAUUUGUUUUUAAAUCUUUAUUUUUUGAUAUUUUUUGGGGAGAAGUGAUGUUAGAUUAGCUUGAUGCAGAAACUCAACUGUAUGGUGGUUAACAAGUAAUAAGUACAUGCAUUUUCACAUCAUGCUUUUCCUUUUUUAAAACAAAUAUUGAUGUGCACUUACUUUGCGAUAAUACUUAGAAAUAGAUGAUUACAAAAUGUUGAUUUCUAAAACGUUGGUUCCUCUUGGUAAAAAUCUAAUUGUCAACAACAUCAGAAUGUGAUUCUAAGAACCAUUUUCCCCUACUAGACUUACAGCAGUGAAAUGAUAUUUAAUUGUGUCUACUGUCUUAUAUACUAAAUAUGAAUAUUUUUUCACUCAACCUAUAUAUAUUUUUAUUUUUUAAGUUAUCCUUACUAUUGCGGUCACACUAAUUUACAGGUUUAAACACUUGAUAUUGAUUUUGGGGAAAUUUGUACAUUUCCUACCAGCAUAAAUUGAAAGAUAUUUUUAGAAAAAAAAAUCUUCAAAUUUCUGGAACAUAUUUUCGAAGUAUAUGUAGAUCAACAAAUGAUGAUAGUUAGAACAUGUAGAGUUAUAGCCAUAUCCAAUUUUAUUUUAUCUUCGAUUUGGAAAUCUGGUUUGUAAUUGUUACAAGUGUUGUGCGGUUUGUUCAUUUGUAAGACAUGUUGACUUCAUGUACAUGUGUGGCAUAAUUGAUGGCCGAAUAACAAAUAACAAAAAAUGUCACUCUUACAUUUUAUUGGAAUUUACUGUA